CCUCCCUCUCCCUCUCUGUGUCCUGGAGCCAUGGGGCCUGGCAGUAGUCGGGCCCUGAAGUGGGCCCUGGGCUGCCUGGCUCUUUGGGCCGCCCUCAGCGCUGCGGGGACCCUCUUCCUUCUGGCCCAGUGGCGGGAGCUCAGCGCCGCCCUGGGGACUCUGCAGCAGGAGCUCCGUGGACAGGAGCGGCGCCUCCAAGGGGCCCCAGGCCCAGGCCUCCCCCGGGAAGACAGCGCCCCCAGCGGCAGGGGCAAGAGGAGCCAUCCGACCCUGAAGGGGCCCCACCACCUCCGGGCCGAGAACGAGGAGCUGCUCAUGCUCAUGACCUACUCCAUGGUGCCGGUCCGUGUGAUGGUGGAGUUAUGCAACAGCACCAGAGGAGUGUGUUUAACAGGACCGCCUGGAUUGCCAGGUCUUCCUGGGCUUGAUGGAUUGCCUGGUUUUAAUGGAUCAGAUGGGAUUCCUGGAAUACCAGGGCAAAAAGGAGAUCCUGGAAAAAGAGGAAAAAUCGGACCCAAAGGAGACCCUGGAGAGAAAGGUGAAAAGGGGGAUCCUGGUGAAAUUGGAUUACCUGGGAAAGAAGGGAUGAGAGGAGAAAAAGGUUCCCGGGGGCCCAAAGGUGACAAAGGAAAGGCAAACAAUGAAGUAAUCACAGAAGGGGCAAAGGGGGAGCCAGGACCCCCCGGUCCCCCAGGACCUCCAGGACCUCCAGGUCCCCCAGGAAAGCGCAAAGCAAAACCCCAAGUGGAGGAGAAAAUGUAUAAUGCUGAGUGUACAGGGGAAACAUGUACUAUCCCAAAUGAUGAUACUCUGAUGGGAAAAGCCAAAGGGAGGGCACACCUCUAUCAGCACAGAAAACCAGAGUGUAUCAUCAAAUCCAUUGGAAGCCCUAAUGAGAUUAUACAAUUAAAGCAAAGCUAUGGAGCGUGGAUGAUGGAUCUUUCAAACAGAAGUGAUGAAACAAUUUGGAUUGCAGAGCAUUUUACAGGCCAUAUAGUAAAGGAAUUUAAAGAUCUUGCUGCACUACGGAACAACAGCUACAACAUCACAGAGCUCCCGUGGUCAUAUUAUGGAUGUGGUCACGCUGUCUAUGAUAAUGCUCUGUACUAUCAACGCGUAGGACGGAACAUCAUUGUGAAGUAUGACUUUGCAACAGGGUUGGUCAAAACACUCUCCAUCGAGAAUGCCUGGUAUUAUGAGCGCAUGUACCUUUUUAAUACUUCCAAAUCCUACUUCAGCGUAGCUGCAGAUGAAAAUGGACUUUGGGUGAUGUAUCUUUCCAGGCCUGAUGAACAUAUUGUGGUUGCACAUGUGGACCAAGAAACGUUUUCAGUGUUGCGGCACAUCAACACUACCUAUCCACAGUCCAAAGCAGGCAAUGCCUUCAUCGCCUGUGGAGUGUUGUACAUCACUGAUAAAAACCAGAUCCACGUGGCGUUUGCCUUUGAUCUUCUAAGAGAGAAGCAGCUUGACACCAGCUUUGCAUUAAAACUGUCCAGCUCGAAUGCAAGUUUUGCCUUCAGAAUAUCCACACUGAAGCAGAACACCACAUUUGUGCCUGUACUAGCAAUGCUCUCCUAUAAUCAGGUAGAUAAGCACCUUUACACAUGGGAGCAUGGCUUCCUAAUGCAAUACCCUGUCCAUUUUAUCAGUUGAACACAUUUUGAGAUGAAGAUUAUAUGUCUUAUAUGAUCACUUUUGCCUUUAUAAAGCAACAUUUUUUGAAAAAAUA